AUGAAGGCAUUAAGGAGAGGCAAGGCUCUGCUUCUGGCAGUGGCAACAGCUCUGGUGGUCCUAUCAACGGACGGCACCACUCUACAAAGCAUGUCGCAAAAUUGGUUCCGGCGAAAGCUGCAGGGGCCAACUCCUCUUUCGGAUCUGUCUGCGGUUAACUCCCUUUCGGAAUUGAUCACCCGCCUGAAUGUAGCGGGCUUCAAGGGCCGCCGGACAGAAGCGGACUUCAUAUUGGUAUUUGAAAGCCUGAGAACAUGCUUCAGAAGCUUCUCCCCACCGCCAGGUCUUGCACUUGACUUCACACAGCAUGCAGAAAUGAGUCCAGAUGACCUCAUUAGAAAUUUUUUCAAAUUUCUUCCACCAUGGCAGUUCAUCCAGGGCCCAACCGAGAAUAGACUCUCCCAAGCCAGCUUUGUUGAAAUGGCUCCGGAUGGAGCUGCGCCGGAAAGCACUGAACCUACACCUCCAGUAGAGGACCAGCCUGAAGAGUCAAGACCGCUUAGGACAAUACGUUUCGCGAACAGUCCAAAGCAUAUUCUUGCCCACAUUAUCAAGAACAUUUACUCACACUUCCGCGGUCCAACAUGCCAGCAAACGGCAAAGCGGCUGGAUGGAGCUGCUCGUUUUCUUUUGCGUAACAACUCGAAAGCUGCUUUGAUGGAACCUCUUCUGGUUUAUUCCCUUAUCCAGGGGAACGCAGCAUCUGCCGCAAAAUUGCAGAUUCUCCAGAACUUUCUUAGGGAUGUUUCUGAAGAUAAUUCACAGCUCCAGCAGACACCUCACAUUGCAAAAAACAAUUCACCAAAGCCUGGCAUAUACGACCCGAUCAUGUUGGUCUUCUACUUUGACCUUGCGAAAGCCGGCUAUACAAGUAAAAUUAAGGCGCUUGAAAGGCACCUCGGCAAACCCGCUGACGAAAGGAUUGUAGGUAGCAAGCUAUUUGGAAACUCCCUUGCGAAUCCCCUUACGCAUCAGAAAGUUACAGAAGUUGGCAGGGCUGUUGGCGGAGACGAGGAACUUUUGAAGAAGGUGGUGGAACAUGUUGGCCUCGCGGCCAUGGAUUCAUCAGAUGCAGUUUCAAUCCUCAUGCCGGAUGCACCGAAAGUUGCUGCCUUCCUUCGCGGCGUCUCCUUCUUCGUGUUUGAGAACGUCUUCAAGCAAAAUGGCCCGUAUGUUAUGCCGGGGCUGCCAUGUGGAGGUAACCUGACUGGCAACAUGCUGGAAACUCUGACAGGAAAGAAGCUAGGCAAGAAGUAUUUUGUCUACAAGUAUACAAGGGCGUUGCAGGGAAUUUCAAUCCUUCCAGAAAGCGUGUGGACACCAGACUCAGAUUCCCAACUUGCGCGGCUUCUCAAAGAGAAUCAGCAGGCAAAUGGGGAUUAUUUGUUCAGCCACCUGCCACGCGUUUGCGUGCGGUCUGUUCUGUUUACAAAGUGCUCGAAGAAGCCUCCAUCAGAUACGAAAACCAACGAGCAGCUGCUCUGCCACUUCAUCAAUACCCAUCAGAGCCUCUUCUUCGAGGUCGACGGAGCGGGGGUCAACGCCUUGCGCAAGAGCAUGCAGGAAGGGCAAUUCUCUGGCGGACGAGUUCCAAGGAAGCGCAGUGCGCUUAGCCGGAGCGUGCAAGCAAUCGGCCGCUUCUUUUUUAACAAAACGUCUGCCGCGUUGGUUCUGGGUGCAGGUGUCGGAGGCCUGUGUAUAGCCACAGGUGAAUUCGACCGAGAACUCGACACGCUAUCUGUUAUGCUUGGUGAGCAUACGAUUCAGCACAGGGGUACAGGUAGCGUGGAAGAAACCGCAGCGCCUGUAUAG